UGUUGCCGGCAGAGGGAGCAGCAGCAGCAGGAGGAGGCGGCGUGGUUGGUUGAUGUCUGAGGCUUUUGCUGCUCUGGGCGAAUUGUGGCUGCGUGCGAAUCCAUUUUCGCUCGGUUUGUCGUGCCGGCCCACACACACACAGACAGAUACACACACAGACAGAUAUACACACAUACAUAGAUAUACACACACAUACAUAGAUAUACACACACAUAUAUAGAUAUAAACACACACGUACACACGCGUCCCGUGUGGGGGUACCGAGUGAGUGACCCGGCGUGUCCUGCCGGCUCGCUCACCUCGCGACCGGCGAGGCGAAACCCCGCGGUCUCCCCUCCUGCUCCUCCUGCUUCUUCUUCGUCUCUCGACUUGUCACCCGGGCCGACACGACACAGCGGAGAGGCGGGGGCAACAACAGCAACAACAACAGCAACAACAACAACCCUCCCCCCGCGAAGAUGAGCGUGCGAGCUACGACCAUUGGAGACAUAGCAGGCUUCUGGGCCGACCGGUCGCCGCUGCACGAGGCGGCGUCGCUGGGCCGCGCACUGCAGGUGAAGCGGCUUAUCGAGACGGGCGCCUGCGUGAACCUCGUCACCGUGGACUCGGUGACUCCGCUGCACGAGGCCUGCCAGAACGGCCACGCGCUCUGCACGCAGAUGCUGCUCUCCGCCGGCGCGCAGGUGGAGGCUCGUAACAUUGACGGGAGCACCCCACUGUGCGAGGCGUGUGCCUCGGGGAGCCUGGAGUGCGUGCGGCUGCUGCUGCUGCACGGAGCGCGCGUCAACCUCUCCAUCUUCACCGUAUCGCCGCUCCACGAGGCCUGCCUCGGCGGCAGUGUGGAGUGUGUGCAGCUGCUGAUCGCUGCGGGCGCGCACCUGGAGGCGCACGACUGCCACCUGGGCACCCCGCUGCAUGUGGCCACCUACAAGCAGCACCAGACGUGCGUGCGGGCGUUGCUCGACGCCGGAGCGAACGUGAACGCGGCGAAGCUGCACGAGACGGCGCUGCACCACGCGGCGCGCACGCACGAUGUGGCGCUGCUCGAGCUGCUCGUGGAGUUCGGGGCGUGCGUCAACGCCCGUGACAACCGCGGCCGCCGGCCCAGCGACUACCUCCCCGCCGGGUCGCCGUGCUGGGCCCAGCUGGCGCGAUACGAGAGACACCCCUCGUCGCUGCUGCAGCUGUGCCGCUUGGCUGUGCGUGGGUUCCUGGGUCCGCAGCGCCUGCACCAGCUGCCCCAGCUGCCGCUGCCUCGCCCGCUCAGGCAAUUCCUCGCCUACUCCUAACCCACACGGGCCCACCACUCACCGCCACCUCACCACUCGCUAUCACAGGACCUAGAUCCACUCACCAUUACCACCACCUCACCUACCUGCUAACUCACGUGGUUCGCCACUCACCACCACCCCCUCACCACCACCCCCUCACCACUCGCUCACCAUGGGGGCACCCACUCACCGCCACCGUCUCCUCACUGGUUUGCUCACCGCGGAUAUCACAGAUGCACUCACUCACCAUCGCCUCACCAAGGAGCCCGCAGAAACACCAACACACCGCCGAAUCGAUCGUCCUUUCGCUCGCCACCGAUUCCUCACCGUGCUCGCUUUACCGCGAGCUUACAGAACCACUCGCUCCCCAAUGGCCACGCCGCCCUCGCUCGCCACGCAGCUCACAGAACCACAGAACAUGCUCACGGUGAGCAAACGGUGGUCGCCUGCGCCGGUCAGCUGCGUCAAGCCGGGGGAUGGUGCAACGUGGUGGGGGGUCGAAACGGUAGGGGGCACCGGAACUGUAGCGGUGGUGUCCGUAAGUCCUCGCAGCGAUCCGUGGUCGCGAUUCGAUCUGAGAAUCCAAUCUCUUCUCUCUUUAUUACAAAAGUAAAAUAAAUAUAUAUACAGUAAUAUAUCAUGACAGGGAUUGUUUAACGAUGAUCUUUAUUGAUUUAUGCCGCGGAAACGACCAACGUUAUUUGGAGACCGUACUGUGGUACGUUCAUCGUCGCCAUCAUCAUCAUCGUCAUCAUCGUCGUCAUCAUCAUCAUCGUCGUCAUCAUCGUCAUCAUCGUCAUCAUCAUCGUCGUCGUUGUAACGUUGCAUUGCAAAGUUAGUUUUCGACUGGCUUGGGGACCCCAGGCGGGCGGAUAUGUGAAUACGUGAACGGUCGGCUUUGUGGACGUCUGCAGAAAACGAGGGUUGGGCCGUGGUCUGUGCGCAAACGCUUGCACGUGGUGUGGGGGGGGGGGGGGGCGGUGGGCGGACACGCGGCGUCGUGCGGUGUUUACGAGUGAGAGAGCCGAGAUAUUUCACGGCUCGAGGUGACGGCCGAAGCUCCGCCGCUGACAGCGCGUCGGCCGAUCCGUCCCAGCGCCGCCGAUGGUGACAUUGGUGGCGCGAUAACGUGCCAAGACAAAAAUGUCGUCGAAAGCCAACGUCGUGCCAACGUCGAGUGAAUUUUGUUCAUAGUUUACCCCUCCCCACCGCCCCCACCGCCCCCAGCGUGCGCUAAAUGGACACUGGGUGACACUGAGCUCUGCUGCCAAGGUGGAGCAAUUCCACAUUCUUAUGGUGGAGCCUUGUCAAACCAUAGGAGCAAUCGUUGUUUGUUUUUCUGCCAGCAGUGGUCAUUGCUCUGUGUGUGCGAUGUACGUGACCUCUGUGCUGUAUAUGUAUGUAUACACUACACACACCACACAUACACAAAGAUUACCCGCAUAGCCUUCAAAAGGCUGUUGGGGCAAAUACUGUUAGCAGGAAUCUAUUAAGGCCCUAUCUAGGACACAAGGGCGUAGGUGGCCAACAACACGCCUGGCCGCCUUUGUCUCUCCAGUGCUAAUGGUUUUACACACCACACAAGGGACGACUGUGCGAGGUCCUGGGACCGGUUCAGAUAUUCACCAUUGUUAUUGGUCGAACUCGGGCCACCCGGUUCGUAGCGCAGUGUGCUAAGCACUGCACCACCGCUCCCCACCUCACCACUAAAAUACACACGCCCGCAAAAACACCUCAAUGCUGGAAAAAUGUUACCUGCACGUUCCUCAGUUGAUAUCACACAGCAGUACCAGCAGCAACAUCGCCCCCUACUGUGAAUCCUGAGAAGGAGCCUCCUGAAAGAGAAUCGAGACUUUCGUGGGUAAACAGGUGGAAUAACAAGAACAGUCAUAACAAGUAUUGAGCUCGCAGUGUUCGUUUCUCAAGAGUUUUUUCACCAACCCCAUGAGGGCAGCAUUUCAGGUUCAAAAAAUCUUGGAAGAGAUUUGGUCUGAAACUCCCGAGCAAGACCCUCUUGAAAGAGUGUCUUGAGACUCGGCCAGUUGGGAUUCUGAUUGUACGUGCGAGCAAUCGAUCCACGUGUUUAAAAAACAAAACAAUAUGGCGGUCGUUGAUUAGUGUGGUUUAUUUAUAUACAGGGUGGCUCGAGAGUCAGGGCACAUGGAGUUAUUCUAUUUAUUUCAGCAAAUCACGUAGGGUUAUUUCAUUUAUUGUAACAGAUGCUCAAACUGACUCCCAUUAACAUGCGUGUACACGUGCAUUCUCUUUUGAAAUGAAUUUAGGAGUUUUUUUAAUAACAUUGCAGGUGUCAUCUUUGACCGUUCAUCAAUUGUUAAUAUCAAUUUCCACUUCAUUUUUAAACGCCAUCCGAAUAGGAAGAAAACAAACACAAUUAAUAAUGAUAACAGAUAAAGUAAUAACUUAAAGAAUAAACAAUACAAAUGUUGUAAUGCCAGUGUUCAAAUAAAUGAAAUAAGCUCUGUGUCUUGACUUUUGGGCCACAUCAGAGUACACUACAAUACAUAUAUAAACACCUCACCAUCGUCAUCAUCGAGCGGUAUAGUGAAGAUUAUCACGAACAAAAUGAAUAAUUGGCCUAAAUUUCCCAUAUUUUUAGUCUCGGCAUGAAAAAUAAAAGUAUUAUUUUACACAUCCCAUUGGCUGCGCGGCUUUCUGUGAGCGCGUCUUAGCAGCAGCGUUGAUUCAAUAAGAGCGAAUAUCUGCACCGGUUUUCAACAUCCAGUGUCUCAUUAGCAGCAGAAUCAGUCGGACGUGCGCGCUUGAAGCAGUGCUGAUGAACUGCCAGAUGUUUAUAGGCAAAAGGACCCACGCGGUUCGAUAUGGGUCACAGGUUGACACAAAACUAAUGGAGUACACGGUAUUCAAUAACACAUUCGGCUAUAAUCCUGUGGCUGUAAAAUGAAAAUAAUAUAAUAGGCGACAUUUCCGGCAAUGGCCCUUCAUAGCACAUGUGCACCACUGCCAACGUACGGUCACCAAACUACUUUAUAAUUAGUAUUAUAAUUUUAUACCCGGAGUAUCUUUCACGAGAUUCAAUCGACUGGUGAUUGAAUUUUGCGAAAGUGUUCAGCUGUGUAUCUUGAGAGUGGCAGAAAUUUUAUGGACUUCUAGCGUUGUAUAUUGAAAUUCCCAGAAAAACAUGCAAAUGUUGGUCCAACUUUGGACCAAAGUUGGCGUGUGGUCGGAACCGUUGGCCCAUUGUUGGCCUAACGUUGGCAUGUGAUUGGGCCAACUUUGGCCCAACGGUUCCACGUUUACUGGGUUAGUGGAAGACACGUUCAGGGAUUUGAAAAAUAAAAUGCGAAUUUCUGUAUCAUUGUUUAAACCCAAUUCCUAAUUUUCUGCUUCUUUCUUAAAGCGCAUUUAUUGGGAGGGGGAAAUAGCACAGAUGUUACAGUCAUCACGUCCUGGCCUUGAUUAGCAAUUAGGGUAAUUUGUUUUUUUCGAGGUGGUAUCACGUUGUAUAAAUUUAAUAAGCUUGACAAACAUUUUGCAAUCAAAUAAACAACACUUUACGCUUGUAUGAAUAA